CAUUUGUAAAAAUGCAAUGGCUCCCUGGACUGGAACCCCCAAGCAUCCGGAAGCUUCCGCGUCAAAAUCUGAAGCAUGCGGAGGAAAUUAACGGAGGGUAGAUAUCAGUAAAUCCUAGGGUUUUCCUCGGAAUGGCGACCGGCCGCCGUCCGAUCUCCCCGUCGGUUGAAUGAUCGGCGACCGUCGGAUCGAUCGAUGUAUCAAAAUGAAGACGAAGAGAUUCUUGAAGAAAAUGAUGAGUCCCUUGAGGAAUGUCUGGGGCAAACUCUGUGAACGGAUUGGUCGAGAAAUUGGGAAGAUAAGACUUAGGAGGGAGGUGAAGAAAUGCGAGUACUCGGAUGUGCACACGCUAUGGGAUAUGCUGCAGAGGAACGAGAGGGAGCAGCUGCACUGACUCGUCAAAGCAGCUUGGACAUAUAAUCUGAGUGUUUGUUCUUGCUCCUUUUUAUUUAAUUGAAUUGGUGUGUUUGUUUGGGGAAUUUUCUCUAAAAUUUACUAGUCAUCAAAUUUUUAUCUCCAAAAAGAUCAAAUAAAAUAUUUUUUUUUAAUUUUUUUUUAUAUUGUAUUAAAAAUCAAUUUUAAUUUAAAAAAUUAUACCGUAUAACAAUUCAAAUUCAAAAUUUUUUCUAUUCAAAUUCAAACUCAAAAUCCAAAGCCCCAAACAAACACACCAAGUUUAUGUUUAUUCUCAGAUUGAUUGCUGUGUCACACACACACAACCCUCCAUGGAAUUGUGUUUUAAUUUGUUCUUGUAAGAAACACACACUAUGAAUGUGGGUUUGCAAUGCAAUUCCUGAUUCCUUUUUACACUUUGCUCACCACACACUCACACAUACCUCUAAUUAUAUAUACUGCAAUGUGUUUAUCUUCUGCAAGGCUCUGUUUGGAUAGAAGCUUUGAAAGUUUGGAGUUUUGAAAUUUUUCGGUGAUAAUGAAAUGUUUGAUGUUAAAAAAGGUGUCUUUUGUAUGCUCUAUUUAAAUAGAAGUUUUGAAAGUUUUUGGAGUUUCAAAAUUAUUUUAGAAUAGUACAAGUUGGUAUUUAAUUUGAUGUAAUAUUUUGUAAGAAAAAAAAAAUGUAUAUUUUGCAAGGCUCAUUAAGAUAGAAGUUUUGUUGGUUGUAGUUUGAAAUUGUUUUGAAAUAAGAUGUUGAUUUGAGUUUUUAUUUAAAUACUAUUUUGAUGUAAUUUUUUUGAGAAGAAAUAUUGUAUUUUAUUGAAAAUUAUGUAUAGUAGCGUUGAUUUCAAAUUGAAAUCACAAGAGAGCAAACCCUUGAUUUUUGGAGUUUUGGAAAAUUCUAGUAAUAGUAAAAUUGACAUUUGAUUCGAUAUUUUGUGAGAAGAAAAAAAUAUCUGAUGUGAUGUUUUCUUGAAAAAGUCAUUGUUGAUGACUGGUGACAAAAGUUUCAAAAGUCUCUUAUGGGUUUGUUUCUUUUGUCAUCAAACUCAAGUUUCUGCUAUUUGUACUCCGUGUUUUCGGAAAUAUAACAUCAUACAAUAUCAAACUCAAACCAAAUUUUUCUCAUACCCAUCAAAAGAAAUAUACCUAAGUUUAAUGUUAGGCUAUUGCCAUUGCUUGUGACCUAAUCCAAUAUAAUAUAUGUUUCAUUACACACAGUAUAGAAAAUCAUAGGAGUGUGAAUUAAUUUGGGUUUCGAAAAUUUUAAGGUGAAAACAUAUAUUGUCAUAUUGGGUGUGAUAUUUUGAAUGAAAAAUAGAUGAUGCUCGUGAUAUAUUAAUAUAUAUAUAUAUAUACAUAUAUUUUUUUAAGGAGAAAAAAUGGAAGAACCCACAUUUGAAUAGUGCAUAAGUAGAAACAUAAGAAAUAAGUAAACAAGAAACAUAAGAAAUAAGUAAACAAGAAACCAAUGUAUUUAAUAGUCUGAUUUUGCAUUGUAGAUUGUAAAUUUCAGUUAUGGUGUCCACUUGUCAUAUGUAUUUCUGGUAGCAACAAGAAGUAAAAGAAAAAUGAAAACAAAAGAAUUUAAAUUUGAUGUUUCUGAGACAUUGAACUGUUUAUGCCAAAUGAAUUUAUAACAAAUUUAUGAGUGUUCUGUCAUUUUUGUGUGCAGAAAGAAAAUGAUGACCCACCCCACUCCACCCCACACCAACACCAUUUAUUUCACUUGCAUUUUUAUAUUUGCACACACAUGCAUUGCAUUGAAUUCCCAAUCCCCCCUUUUUAAUUUCUGUAGCUGAUUAAUAUAUAUAUAUAUAUAUUUGCAUUAGCAAAAGGACAACUCAAGAACAUUCAAUGCAAUGCAAUGCAUUCUGAUCUGAUUCUGAUCUGAUCUUCAGUCUUUAUGUGCUUCUUCAAUUUGCAGCUGCAUUAUAUUGCCUCUUUCAAAAUCCACAUGGCCUCUCUUCAUCACUUCAUUUCCUCCAUGCAUACAAAUGUCAUCUAUUCUGAUAUAGUUGCCUUUUUAAAAAAAUAAAAAUAAGUUAUAUGUAUAUGUAUAUAUAUUAUAUUAUUGUCUUGUUAUGUUUGUAGGAUUUCUAUUUCUAAUUGCAGGAGCUAAGGAUAAGUUAUCAACAUCUUGUGACUGAUUUCCUCCAUUGAAGUUCUGAAAUGAAAAGGGUUGGAUUAUUGUGGUUUUUCAUAGCUUUUAUGACAAUUUGGAGUUCAUAUUCCAUCCAAGUCACUGCUACUUCCUCAAAUCCAGAUUUGGCGAAUUCACUAGGCAGGAAGAUCGCUUUGGCCAUCUCGGCAUCUCAAAGCCGGGAGCUUAAGGAAAACGGUAAAAUCCGAUGGAAUAAAAUGGAGGUUGAAGAUUUGAAGUUAGAAGAUUACAAUGAUGUGAAUCCAGUUCCGGUUCCGAGCUCCACAGCUUCUAUACGGCCCGGCCCGAUCCAGCAUGGUUCCCCUCAGUUUCCCUACAUUCCGGGCCCGCCGCCUCCGUCUUCGCCUUGAACCAAUUCAUAUAUAUAUAUAUAUAUAUAUAUUGUUAAGUUGCUAGCUACCUACCUUAGCUUGUAAUACCUAACCUGUUUUUGACAUGUCUUUAACUUGAUUACAUUCUAUCUUUUGGAUUCUGUUUA